ACUGAAGGCACAUUUUGCUUUUUGGCCUCUGCAUCUGCAUCUGCUCCCUGUUUCUCUUUAUUCUUUUUUUGUUUUUCAAUUCCGUUCAACUUUAUCAUUUUCGCACUCUUCUCUAUUUUUUCUAUUUUCCCUCUCUAUUUCAUCGUCCGCCUGACCUUUACCAUCCUUCUCUUUCUCUCAUUUUCCGCAUCCUCUUUUGUCUCGCUGGGCGCCUCAAUUCUCUGUUUACCUUUUUUAAUCUCCAAGCCUACUAUUGGACCGUUUACCAGCCCAUUUUGUCGUGCAAAAUAAAGUCCUUUGUUUACUUUCCACGCCACACAGUUGCACUUUUUUAUUCUUUCUUUUCUUUUGCCUUGCCAGGCACAUUAACAGGCUUAACUGAGCUUCUGCACUGGCACAGCUCAGCCCGGCCCAACACCAAACCACUGCUGUGACUGCAACCACGCCCACACAUUGCAUUUUCCGAAGAGCCCCGCUCUCCCCUCAGCUAAUAAUGAAAGUAUUGACACUGGUCGGUCUCGCGUCUCUGCUUGUAAGCCAUGCGCUGGCAGCAUGCUCGGGCAUGAAUGUUGCCGACAGUGGCACAUGCCCAACAAUGCAGUGCCAAGCUAUCAACAACAACUUUAGCAACCCCACAGUGCUCGCCUCGGCAGAGAGCUACAGUGCUACACCAAACUCGAAUGCUACUUUUGUUUCUGAGCAAACACCUGACUUUGCUGCAGUUGACCGCGAGAACCUGGUUCUGUCGCUAAGAAGGUCCGCCAGCGCCAACACCGCCAGUUACGUUGGCUCGACUGUUUACUUUACAAGAUGGAUACACUAUGGAGUUAUCACCGCCAUGAUCAAGUCUGGCUCUACAACCGCCGGCGUGGUCUCAUCAUUCCAACUCCAAGACGACUCUGGCUCGAGCAUUGAUUUUGACUGGGUAGGAAUCUCGACUAACCGUGUGCAGGCAAACUAUUACACCAACAGCCAGGUCCAGCUGUCUGGGGCUGUCGCGCCCAUUCUGGCAGCCAACCCGAUAAACACGUUUGUCGAGUACAAGAUUGUAUGGCUGCCCGACUCGCUGACAUGGUAUGCCAAUGGUUUCGCUGUGCGCUCAGUCAAGCGCAAGGACACCUGGGCCGAAGGUGAGCAAAAAUACAACUAUCCAAGCAAGCCAGCGCGCCUGUCGUUUUCUAUAUGGGACGCCAGCAAGUCUAUCAACCCAAGCAUGACCCAGAGCUGGGCCGGAACCAUUCAAUCUACCAGCCCCCAAUUCGACAUGGUCAUCAAGUCUGUUACGGUCAACUGUUACAACAAUGGAACUGGAUUGACCAAUACCCCUCACAACUCAAACGCAUUGGCCUCGGGCUCGGUCGCCUUGUCUAACCAGCAGCAGGGUGCGUCGCUGGUGGCAUCGUCCAAAACUGUUUCAGCCAACAAUGGUCUUGCCAACUUUGGUCAGUCGUCUGAAGAGGACGAUGAUAGGGACAGCUUGGAGGACGAACACUCAUCCUUGUUGACAAAGUCAGCAGCCCCUGCCGAUGACCUAUCAAAGUGGCUGGCCGGGCUUAACGCGUCGACCACAUCCGCAUCGUGGCGGGUUCAGAGCUGCGGCCGCGUCGUCAGCCUGUUAAUUGCGUGCAGCGUAGCCUUUGUCUCCAGCAUUUGAAGCUACAUAGCCUUUAAGCAUUUUAUUUUAUCACUAACCCUCGUAUAUAUCAUUAUCGUGAUACAAACCAUUUCAAAGUUUAUAUACACAAUUAUUAAAAUAUUGCCUAUUGUGGAGGAUGCCCCCUGCAUACAUGCAGUUUGCGUGCGGAACAUCUGGUGAAAACAACACGCAUAAUACGGC